AUGGCAACUGGCAUCAAACUAACUCCUUUGUUAGAUAAACCUGUCGUUGAUCUUACUUUGUAUCAAUCAAAUCCACGAGAAUCACAUCUCAUUCUUGAAAAGAAUAUCUUUCGUUAUCUCAAAGGAACAUCUUCGCUUGGAUUUUGGUACCCUUCGAAUACUGGAUUCUUUAUUCAAGCAUAUUCGGAUCCAGAUUUGGGAGGAUGUAAUCUUGACAGGAAGAGUACAAGUGGUGGUUGUCAGUUACUUGAUGGUAAAUUGGUAAGCUGGCAAUCGAAAAUGCAGACAUAUGUUUCUAUCUCAACGGCCGAAGCUGAAUAUGUUGUUGCUGCUGCUUGCACAUCACAGAUAAUAUGGAUUCAAAGUGAAUUACGUGAUUAUGCAAUUAACAUGAAAAAGAUUCAUUUAUAUUGUGAUUCACAAAGUGAAAUAAGAAGUUGUCAUAAUCCUGUGCAAAUUCGAAGACCAAACACAUUGCUCGUCGUUAUCACUUCAUAA